UGUCAUAACCUUACUUUAUUUUGUUUACUUGUCAUUUAUACCUUUUAAUAAGUUUGAUCUACAACUCAAUAUAUAAUUUUUUUAAUAUACAUAUGGAUAAGAUACAAAGUACACAUAAAGGACUCUUAUCAUGUAAAAGUAUUUCUAAAGAAAAAAAUGAAAAUCAGGAUUCAUCCAUGAUAUUUAGUGGAAGUCCAUGCCAUUCUAGCACAUUAAUAAAUCAGAAACUUGACAGUGAUCUGGAUGACUAUUAUCCUUGCACCCAAGAUGAAUUUGAAAACAGAGAUGUCUUAUGGGAUUGGAACUCCCCCCAGGCAAAACAGAAAAAACAAAAACGUCGUCUCAUUUUAAAACAAUCACAAUCACCAAAACUGCCAAUUAGAAGGCACCCCUCUAAUAAUAAUGUGAUGUUCGAAAAGCUCAAGGAUGAGUUGUUAGCCCUAAGAAAUGAUAUUUCAAUUCCUGAUAAUGAAGAUUGUCUUAUGUUGUCCCCAGUAGAAGAGGAAAAAUUUAAAAAUAGCCCACAACAUGUUUCUUCACCAAUCGAUCGAUGCAAAACACCUGAGGCUCAAAGCCAAAUUGGUUCUACAUCAUUAACAGCUGAAUGUGAUAAUAAUGAACUACAAGAAUUUUUCAAUGAUUCUGCAGAUGAAGAUUUAUUUUUGUUUAGUCAACAGUUAGAGAAUAAUCUAGACCUUCCUAAAACACAUACAUCUUCUAAUAAACCAGUAUUAAAUACCAGACAAACAACGGGAAUAAAAAGGAAUAUAUAUCUGCAAAAUGAAGAAUCACCAAAAAGAUUAGAAAGAGAUUUUAAAUUUAAUGAUGAUUCAUUUGAUAUGAUUUUGCAAAAAAUGGAUGAAGAAAUUACACAAAGAUUACCUGCAACUCAAAUUAAUGAUGUCUCAUCUAUUAAAAAUACAAAAGCUAUACAGAGGACAAAGUCAGAAGUGCAAUAUACAACUAACACAAAAAAAAUCAAAUUUAACAGAACUCAAAGUUUUGAAUUACCAAAUAUUGAAAAUGAAUCAAGUGGCUUGUCACAAACUGCUAUGGAUAUAAUUGAAAAAAAAAGGAAGGAGGCAUUAGCAAAAUUAGUAGCAAAGAAAAGAAAUGAAAAAUGUACACCCAUUGAAUUAACUAAUACUCAGAUGAUGUGUUCACCAGAAGAAAUUGAACAGAAAAGGCUGCAGGCUCUGGCGAAACGAGAAGCUAAACGGCAGCAAGAAAUUAUACAACAGAAAAGACAAGAAGCUUUAAAAAAAUUAGAAUUGAAUAGACAAAAGAGUGGUAUAAAUUGUACAUUCAAUUUUUCCAAAAAAAAUUAAUAACAUCAUCUAUUUCUUUAUUAUUAUGUUAAUAAUUUGACGAUUUUUAAUUUUAAAAAGUGAGUGCUUGAACUCUGUAAAUUUUGAAACCAAAGUUCUUUUUAGAUACUGACUCUCAAUACUUUGUACAUCUUGGGUAUAUCUUUGAGAUUUAAAACAAUAAUAAUAUUUUAGCUAUUAUAUUAUUAUGUCCAUGAUUAACUGAUGCUGAAAAUAAUAUAUAUUCGAUGAUAAAUAUAUGUGUACUGGUUAAAUUAAACAAAAGUUAAAUUGUG